CCUCCUCCUUUUCCUGGGCUCCUCCGCGCCGCUGCCGGCCCGCUGCGCGCUUUGCUCAUCCAGCUUUGCGGACCGCAGCAGCCAUGGCCGACAUCAAGACCGGCAUCUUCGCCAAGAACGUGCAGAAGCGGCUCAACCGCGCGCAGGAAAAGGUCCUCCAGAAGCUGGGAAAAGCGGAUGAAACGAAAGACGAACAGUUCGAAGAAUAUGUUCAGAACUUCAAACGGCAAGAGGCAGAGGGUACCAGACUUCAGCGAGAACUCCGAGGAUAUUUAGCAGCAAUCAAAGGCAUGCAGGAGGCAUCAAUGAAGCUCACCGAGUCACUUCACGAAGUCUACGAGCCCGAUUGGUACGGAAGGGAAGAUGUGAAAAUGGUUGGUGAGAAAUGUGAUGUUCUAUGGGAAGACUUCCAUCAAAAACUAGUGGACGGGUCCUUGCUGACGCUGGACACCUACUUGGGCCAGUUUCCUGACAUAAAGAAUCGCAUCGCUAAGCGUAGCAGGAAGCUUGUGGACUAUGACAGCGCUCGACAUCACUUGGAGGCUCUGCAGAGUUCCAAAAGGAAGGAUGAGAGUCGGAUCUCCAAGGCAGAAGAGGAGUUCCAGAAAGCUCAGAAAGUGUUUGAAGAGUUCAACGUUGACUUACAAGAAGAAUUACCAUCGUUAUGGUCAAGGCGAGUUGGCUUUUAUGUCAAUACUUUCAAAAAUGUCUCCAGCCUUGAGGCCAAAUUUCACAAGGAAAUUGCGGUGCUUUGCCACAAGCUCUAUGAAGUGAUGACAAAACUGGGCGAUCAGCAUGCUGACAAGGCCUUCAGUAUCCAAGGAGCUCCCAGUGAUUCAGGUCCUCUUCGCAUUGCCAAGACACCAUCACCCCCAGAGGAGCCUUCGCCUCUGCCCAGCCCAACAGCCAGUCCCAACCACACACUAGCGCCUGCCUCUCCUGCCCCAGUGCGACCCAGGUCACCUUCACAGACAAGGAAAGGGCCUCCUGUCCCACCUCUGCCUAAAGUGACCCCAACGAAAGAACUGAAGCAAGAGAACAUCAUCAACUUCUUUGAGGACAACUUUGUUCCAGAAAUCAAUGUGACGACACCUUCGCAGAAUGAAGUCCUAGAGGUGAAGAAGGAGGAGACUUUGCUGGAUCUGGACUUUGACCCUUUCAAGCCUGAUGUGACUCCUGCCGGUUCUGCUACAGCAGCCCACUCCCCCAUGUCUCAGACGUUGCCCUGGGACUUAUGGACGACAACCACUGAUUUGGUACAACCGGCUUCUGGAGGUUCAUUUAAUGGCUUUACCCAGCCCCAGGAAACUUCAUUAUUCACCAUGCAGGCAGAUCAGAAUAUGGUAGGUGGCUUGGCUGAAACUGAACAGGCGCUAUCCAUGGAGCCUCAAGCCGAGGAGCCUCCUGCCACUGCUGCUGCACCUGCUGCCAGGCUGGACCUUGGACUGGAGAUGGAGGAGCCAAAGGAGGAGGCAGUGAUUCCUCCGGGAACUGAUGCCGACGAGACUGUGGGAACUACGGUGCCCACUGAUGGGGUCCCAGUGGAGGAAGCUGAGGCAGAGAAGGCAGCACUCCCUGCUGCAGAAGGAGAAAGUCUUGACGGAACCAAAGUCGAUGCUGAGAGCACUGAGGUUACAAGCAGCGAGAGCCCUCCACCAGCAGAGACUGAGGUGGCUGCUCCCCAGGAGAAGGUCAUCCCUUCUGUUGUCAUCGAGCCAGCCUCCAACCAUGAAGGGGAAGGAGAACACCAUGAAACCACCGUGGGUGCCACCGAGGAUGUGGCUCCUCAGGGCCAGGCUGGUGAGGCGCAGGAACUGGUUACAGAGGCCACACCUCUGGAUUCUCAGGCAGCUACGGCUGCACCAGGAGGUGCUGGGGAUUCCUCCAUGUCUGCAGAAGAUGCUGCUCAGGACAUGCCUCCUGGCUUUCUCUACAAGGUGGAAACCCUGCAUGAUUUUGAGGCAGCUAAUUCUGAUGAACUUAACCUGCAGAGGGGUGAUGUGGUGCUCGUGGUCCCCUCAGACUCAGAAGCUGACCAGGAUGCAGGCUGGUUGGUGGGGGUGAAGGAAUCAGACUGGCUUCAAUACAGAGACCUGGCCACUUACAAAGGCCUCUUUCCAGAGAACUUCACCCGGCGUCUGGAGUAGGGCUGCAGAUGUUUCAAGAGUCACAUGACUAGGUUGUUAAACCUUCAUAAAAUGCGGAGGAGUUCACUCUUGCUACUACCCUCAUAGUGAUUGACAGUCUGGUGCUAGAUGAGGCUUGGGAAGACAGAUCAAUAGAGCAUGUAUGCAAAAACCUUAAGAAGAGGGGAAAAUAGCAAACUAAGGAACAAGUUCUUACUUUGUUCCCUGUGUUCAAUAGAGGUCUGUGUGUGCUUCGUCUAACUGUGGACACUGGUAACUUGAUUCCCCUCCUCCAAGUCUAAAGUAGCUUUUUCCAGACCGGACUCCGACUUCUUUGCAUCAAGUGUGUGAUGUCGAGUGGCUGCCCUGCAGAUGUAAUGAGUUAUCCUGUAGUGAGACACCAUCGUACUCCCUUGCCCAGUGUGAGCACAGGCUCUCUUUCCCUUUCAAGUUUACUGCGUUUAAAACUCAACAGGCUGCAAACGUUCUUCACAGUCUUUUCCGAUCACCUCUAUAUACAUACGUAUGGACAGACAGUCCCACAAGCUAAUUCCCAUGCCUGCUGGACCUAUGUGUAUGCAGAUGGCUACAUAUGCAUAGCUGAUCCCUUCCCCUCCCACCGUAGCGCUUCGCCUCUAAGUGUCAUUGAUACGCGCAUUGCUCUUAUUCCGUCUGGCAUUACAGCUGCAGUUUUGCCUCAGGGCAAAACCACUCAUCCCAUUGCCAAAACAGUUGACAAUGUCUGUGUGUGUUGUGUGCCGUUUUCAGGGUGAUAUGCCAGAUAGCACGCCCAUGCUGCUGCCCCCUUUGGAGAGAGCAGGGUGUGGUGGUGUAGCUGCUCAGCUGCUGGGGCCCGAUAAAAAUCAGAUCUGAGCCAGCAACGAUGCAGUCUUCACUUCUGCCUUUAUGCAAUUGGAUGGAUGAGGGGGCAAAAGAACCUAUUUACAAAAACUCCUAUAUAACUUCCACGUUAUCUUUAUGCAACCCAUCUUCAUAGAGCAUUCUCAAGUGAAAGAGGUGAUAUGUGCUGUAUCACAAACCAUCUGUAACCGUUUUGUUUCUCAGUGCUGUGUCGUUCCAAAUAAACCUUUGGCAAUCUCCAAGUUACACUGAUUCUUUUUCAUGAGUGUUUUUUUUUCCCCUUUUUGAAAUCUUGUUCCAGUUGUUAUUUGUGCAGACAUGCGCUUGUUCCACCUCUUGGGUUGUGAUCCAUGGCCCUGCCUUACUUCACCAUCUCUCCAUCGCAGUCAUUGCUGGUCACUCGGUGCAUCCUGGGAACCGGCAAUUACUAGAGCGCAAAUAACAGCUGUGGGGAGGCCGCCCUUGUGUUGCUGGCUGUGGACACUCGGUCUGUGACUCACUGACAACCGUAUGGCUCAUAAUCAGCCUCACGACAGCUUCAUUUUUGCUCACUUUUCUUUCUGGCAUUUUUAUGUGUGUAAGUACAUAAAAAAGUAGAUCGAAUGGAAUAGAAAAGUCAAUUCAUGGAGCCAUUGUAGCUGGAAGAGAAUUCAUCAUACAAGCAUGUUCCAUUUUGAGAAAUUUCUACUAAUAGAGCUCUGUAUACAGCGCACACUGAUCAAGAAUAGGCAUGAAUGUACUUCUUUUUUAUGCUUCCAAUUCUCCUGAUAGAUGACUGGGUUUUAUGUUCUUUUAAGUGUUAACAGGGAAAUUUCUAUUGACCCAUUAUUUUCCCAAGAGUUGACUUACAGGGAGACUUAGUCAUUUUGAAUGCUAGAUUAGUGCAAGAAAAUAAAACGUAAAAUGCCAUUGUCCAGCAGCUUGCCAGGGAAUUAGUCAAGCAAAGUGCAGCAAGGUGAGCCCUAUAAAGGAAAUUACCCAGACAUGAGAGAAUCUGGGGUGCUGAAAAGUGACUGAGCAAACAGGGGCUUGAUUUCUUUGCUUUAGUUUUGUUAUUGUUUGUUGUGCUUGGUAUUAAACUCUGACCCUUGCAAAUGCUAGGCAAUUUAUCUGCAUCUCCAGUCCUCCAAAUGGUUUUAAUAAAUAAUAAGCAAAGCUA